CCACGAUCAAUAGUUGGAGGUUUUCAAUAACGUGUCUCUGGAGCGUUGAUAGUGAUCCGGAUGCAUUCACUCCUUAUAUUCCUCUCAAUCAAGGAUUUUAGUAACCCUUUCGAAUCUGUAUUUUCAAAUUAUAUUCACUUCUUUUAUCGUUUCCCUCUCGUCAUGGUAGUCGGGUAUGGCAACAUGGUAACACACACCUGGCCCAGGCUCUAUAUUGAUAUGUCUGUCUUACAGUUUACGAGUAUUACAGUAUUUUACGUGGUUACAAUCAUAUAUACGGUUCUCAAUAAACCAAAUUAUUAUUUUUUUUAGUAGUAUCCUUACUACUUGGGCUUAGCUCGUUAACUUGUUAUAAACGUUGAUACGUAUUUUCAACUGAGCAAAAUGGCGACCUACUUGGAGUUAGACAAAUGCACUUUAUUGUGUUCCUGCAAACAAACAAAUCCAUUGUGUACACUGUAUUUUUGCCGUCAUUGUUUAUGUCUUCGAUGCCCUAACUGUGUUUCACAUGAGGUGGAUUCUUAUUAUUGUCCUAAUUGUCUUGAAAAUAUGGCAAGCGCUGAGGCCAAAAUGCGUAAACAUCGUUGUGGUAAUUGUUUCGAUUGUCCAAGUUGUGGUCACACACUGUCUACACGAGCAACUGCUGUUGUACAUGCGAAGCCCGAUGAACCAGGUCGAACAACAGCACAAAAAGCAUAUUUUCUAGCAUGUGGGUUUUGCCGAUGGAUUACACGAGAUAGUGGUAUACCAGAUCAACAACAAGCUGCUGGAGGUUGGCAAGAGAAAAUAAGUCCACAUUUUAAAAGGAUCUCAGAACUAAUCGAUAAUUAUCAUCAUUUAGCAGUACAAGAGAAAGAAGAUCAAGAAUGGAAUAAAUUUGCACGUAAACGAAAUUAUAUGAUUUUAAUGGAACGUUACCCUGUUUUAAAUCCACGCCUAAGACGCUAUUGUUCAUCUUCUUGGACAACACCCAACAGAGAAACUACUCCCAGUAAGAAGGUGACUAUUCCCGCUGCUGAAGCAUCUGAAAUCCCACCAUUCAACGUUGAUGAAUACAUCAAUCAACCAAUUAACAUUGAUAAAAUUACCAAUAUUCAUCAACGUCAUUUAGCUCCUCAAAUUCAACCAAGAUAUACAUCGAAUUUAGAACCACGACCAAAAAGUUUAGUUGUUAAACGAUCAAUGCGUUGUCGUGUCUGUGAACAUAAUCUAUGCAAAGCGGAUUUUAGUCCAAGUUCUAUUAAAUUUCGAAUUAAUUUAAAUGCAUUAUAUCAUGUUCCAGAAUUACGAUUUAUUAUUCCACCAACAAUUAAUAAAGGAUCAACAUUUGAUUUAAAACAGACUAUGAGUAAAACUAACUUAACAUUGGAACGUCGUACUUCAUCGACAUUAGUUUCUAUGAAAUAUGAACCUGUCAUUCAUUCUAAUGCUACACCUGGUCAAAAAAUAAAUAUUGUUUUAACCAUAAGUAAUCCUAUGCAUCGGAUUACAACUGUUUCAUUACGUCAAUUGACUUCACAAGAAGAAAUAGAACAUCUUGGACAUUUAAUUAACAGCAAUAAGCAUGAACUAGAUUCAUUUUCAUCUACAGUCGAAAUUCAAUCUAUUGAUAAUGCCAAUGAAUCAAAAAAGGAUCCUACUACUAUCAGUAGUGACACAGCAUCAUUAUUGUCUGAUGAUCAAUUAACAUGUUUUUCAACUGUAAAUCUCAUUUUACCAACCGAAGAGUUAAAACUUGCACCCCGUAAUGACAUUAUGGAUUGUGAUGUAACUCCAGGUCAAAGUUCUGGCGAUUACAAAGAUGAUCCUAAGAUAGUGGCCUUCCGUCGUGGUAACAAACUAGGUAUUAAUGUUACUUUAAUACCAAAAAGCAAUAAGUUACCGACAUUGCAAAAUUCAAGUUUGGUUCCGGUUAGCGAAGAUCAAAUAGUUGAUCAAUUUCACAAAUCUGAACAACUGAUCCCUUUACAAGCUGCAAUUUACAUGAAUUUCGACUACAAAAACACAUCCACUACUCUGUUAAGUGCAGCGAGUAAUAAAACAGUGGCAACUGACACUACCAAAACACAAGGAAAGAUUCCAGAAACAGCUACAACCACUGAAACAUCAAUAUUGUCAGCAACAACUGCCACUGCUUCUACAACAUUAGAACGUGUUUUACCCCCAGCUGAUGAAAUCAAACAAAUUCAAAUAGUGGCAUUAUUUAAUUUUGGUUAUAUGCCUGUCAACGAAUAAAUGAAGUACAUCUCCUAAUAAUUAUUAUUUUGUUGACCUUCAGUCAUUUAAUUAUGUGAUCAGAGUUUACAUGACUUUUUCUUUGUGAUGAAGCGUACUUAUUAACCUGUGAACGGUGUGUUCGGUUUACAUUAUUCUUUUAUCAUAGCUUAUUUUUCAUAUUUGAGGGUGUUUCUGGUGACUAUUAAAAAAUGAUAACAAACAGUUAAAUUUCCCAAUUAAUUACAUGUACUUCAUUUUGCAAUACAAUAACAGGUGCAAGUCUUUUAUUUACAAAUAAAUAUUAUCAUACAUAUCA